AUGUCGGCUUUUGCUAAUCCAUUCACGUCGGGUAUCAAGCCCAACCUUUCAAAUGCAAGCGGUAUCAAUCCUUUUACUGCUAAUAGUAAUGCAGCGGGAGGCAGUGCAUUUGGCCAACCAAGCUUCGGAGCAAGUACGAUGGCAGGAGGUGCGGGUAGUUCUACGUUUGGGGUGCCUCAGUUUGGCGCGAGUACCAGCAAUACUGGCAAUGCAACCGCUAGCGCUUUCAACGGCAUCAACAAUGCAGCACAGUCUUCAGCAUUUGGAACACCCGCAUUUGGAUCUAGCGCACCUGCUAAUACUAAUGCGCCCUCCACUUCAUCUGCAUUUGGAGCCCCCUCAUUUGGGUCAUCUGGUUUUGGAUCUACAGCUGCAGCAGGCAAUCAUUUUACCAAAGCUCCCAGCUCAAUGGGAUCUGCAUUUGGACAAGCGGGAUUUGGAGUAAACGGAACUGCUGCAGCAUCAAGUGCUACGAAUAACAGUGAUAUAUCUGCGUUUGGCGCUAUACAAAACAAGCCGUUAACGUCCGCUUCUCCUUUUGGGUCACUGCAACAGGACCAGGCACAAAAUCCAUCUUCCACAUCGUCAGCCUUUGGUAAACCUGCUUUCACUACAACCAGUAAUACACAGUCACCAUUUGGAGCUAUUCAAAAUACGAGUGCAAAUGCCGGAACGGGAGCAGCCCCCUUUGGUUCAUUUGGUGCUAACAGCAAUAAUAAAUCGCCUUUUGGCAACCUUCAGAGCGGAGCGUCCCCUGGCUUUGGUCUUGCUAACUUCAAAGCUAAUAUCAGCAAUAACAGCAACAGCAGUGGCAAUAGCAACCCAUUUGGGAGUACGGAUAAUCAAGGUUCAUCCAAUCAAUCCUCUUUCGCUUCAGGAGCGGCCGGCACCUUCCGUUCUGCACCUAAUUCCAAUGCAUAUCAAAAUACAGCUUUUCAAUCUCCCUUUGGUAAUAAAGGUUUUUCAUUUGGCAUUUCAUCAGAUGCCAACAAGACACCCCAAACUAGUUCUCUAUUCGGCCAAACAGCACCGAAUACAAAUGCAAACCCUAUUUCACAGAAUAAUGGUGGGCCAGCUUCAUUUGGGUUUGGACAGCAACCUAUGAAGACCACCAACAACUGCAUCAAGGUAGCGCCUGAAAACACUGGAUUUGUUCAAGGGUUGCCCUCUGAAAAGGAUGGCAUUCUAGAGUUGACUGAUCUUGCUGAGGAAACACUAAAUAUAUUCAAAGCAAGCAAAUUUGAACUAGGUCUUGUGCCCGAUAUACCUCCACCACCGGUAUUAGUUACGUAG